AUGCCAGUUACAUUCAACGUCGAAGUCCCGGUCGAGGACCUGAAAGCACCCGAAAUCGGCCACGGUGGGUACCAAGGCCUAAACCCGCGCACCGAAGUCCUUCGCAAAGGCCACCAAACAGCUCCCGGCCGCCGCGCCCUGCCCUGCGAUAUCCAAAUCGACCACGAUGUGGCCAUCAAGGUUCGUGACGGAUGCACACUCUACGCGGACAUCUAUACACCGCCCAACGCGCCGGCUCGCUCCGUCCCCGCAAUCCUCUGCUGGAGCCCGUUCGGCAAGAAAUUCAACGGCAUCGACUCCCUCCGUUUGAUGACCCCAUGGAAUCUCGGCAUCCCCGACGGAACACUGAGCGGGCUCGAAAAGUUCGAAGCGCCUGAUCCAGCCGAGUUCGUGCCGCAUGGAUACGCAAUCAUCAACGUUGAUUCCCGCGGAGCAUUUGACUCCGAGGGGUGCAUGGCUAUUAUGGGAACACAGGAAGCGCAGGACGGAUAUGAUGUUAUCGAGUGGCUCGCGCAACAGGAAUGGUGUAAUGGAAGCGUGGGCAUGGCAGGCAACUCGCAUCUGGCAAUCGUCCAAUGGUUCAUUGCUGCCCUGCAACCGCCUUCGUUGAAAGCCAUCGCACCCUGGGAGGGCUGCGGGGAUCUCUAUCGCGAACAGUUUGCCCGUGGUGGAAUCUACGGCGGCGAUCUGUUCGACCACCUGAUUGUGAAAUACAUGCUGCGCGGCCGCAACGGCAUGGAAAGCUUCCGCAAGAUGUUCGAGAAGCAUCCGCUAGCAAACGACUGGUGGAACGACAAGCGACCCGAUAUGAAGAAAAUCAACAUUCCUACGUAUAUUACUGCCACCUAUACGAACACAAUGCACGGAAUGGGGAGUCUCCGUGGAUGGCUCGAGGUUCAAUCUGCGCAGAAAUGGUUGCGGUGGCAUCCGUACCAAGAGUGGUUUGAUCUGUGGGGGAAUCCCCAGGCGAAUGUUGAACUUCUCUCAUUCUUUGACCGGUACCUAAAGGGCAUUCAGAAUGACUGGGAACAAACGCCUCGAGUGCGCAUGGCAGUUUUGAGGUACGGCGAGGCAGAUCCCUGGGACGGCAUCGUGGAGGAGGGUUUCCCGUUGGCUAGAACCAAGUAUCGGAAUGCGUACCUUGAGAAAGAAGGAAACCUGCUGCUUGAUCAUCCCUCGCCAUCUCCUGGAGCAGUAUCAUACAACGCCGAGGACCCCACCGACUUCGCAAAAUUCACAUACACCUUUCCCACCAGGACGCAGCUUGUCGGUAUCCCAAAGGCAGUGCUGUACAUGCACUGUGACGAUCACGAUGACAUGGAUGUCUUCCUAGUCCUCAGCAAGCUCUCGGCAUCUGGUGAGCUCAUGUUCAACCUUAAUAUUCCGUGGAAGGGUCUUCCAGUUUCGACCAUCGAUGAGAUUCCAGCCGACAAGCGCACCGAGGUAAUCCUCUACCAGGGACCAACGGGUAUUUUGCGAGCAUCUCAACGCUCAAUUGAUACUUCGAAAUCAAUGCACCCGAAUUGGCCAUUUUACCCGAAUGACAAGCAAGAAAAGAUCGCGCCGGGCACAGUAGUGCGUUUGGAAAUUGGCAUUUGGGCUAUGGGUGUCCAGUACGAAGCUGGAGAGAGCCUGCAGCUCCGCGUCAGUGGGCAUUACCAGGGUUUCUCGAAUUUCGGUACCCAUGAGCAUGUGCAAAACAAGGGGAGACACUGGGUCCAUGUUGGCGGAGAGUAUAAUAGCCAUCUCGUGCUUCCGUUUGCAUAG